UUUUUCAAAUACUAUGAAAGACAUCGUGACACAUUGGGAAAUUUCACAAUAUAACAUACAGUACAUUGCAUAACUGUUAAAAGUAUAUCUCUGGACUUGAAACACACUGCAUGGAUUGCAUGAAAGAAGACAUGAAUGCUAUUUCAAAGAUAAGAGAGUUAGAAGUUUUGAAAAUGAAAAUUGGUAUAGAUGAAAAAUAUCAUGAGGAAGACAAGAAUAAGCUUGUGCAAGAAGAAGAAGGAAAACGUCAGCAGCUUGAAAAUGUGAUUGACGAUUUAAAAAGUUGUAACGCUAAUCAAGCUGAUAAAUUAAAUCAACUCGGACAGGCGAACUGUAAAAAGGACAAAGAAAUAGAAGAAUUGAAAACAAAACAAGGGGAAAUGCUGAAGAUAAAGGAGGAAUUGUCCGUAAAAAUUUCCGUUUUGGAAGAGAAAAUUAAGUAUUCAUCAGAAACGCGUGAUCAACAACAAGCCGAAAUAAAAGAUCUUAAAAUAGAGUUAUUACGUGUAGAAAAAGAACUGCAAGUCAUGAAAACAGACAAAAUGCUACAAGAAAAUGCAAUCAAUGGCCUAAAAAGAGAACUUAAACAAGAACAUGCUGAGGUUAAAGCACAGUUAGACAGUAUUAAAAAUCAUUCUAAAGAAUCUGAGAAAAAGUUAUCCGAAAUAGCUGCUACAUGUGCUAGCCUAGCAAAAAUGGCAUUAGCAAAGGAUGGUGAGAGCAAUGUUAAUAUACAUGACGUGGCACACGUUAAUCUGUCAGUCAAUCAAAACGGUGGAAAAACAGGGAUGACUGUAAUGAAAAAAGCUGUUCCACUGAGGGUUUUUAAUCCGAAAAUACCAAGAACUGGAAAAAAGUUAUACUCUUCAAGAAACACAAAUUAUUUCAGUAGGAAGGAUCAUCAAAAGACAGAAUAAAUAGGAUGAAGAAAAUUUAACAACGAAAAGGCGCAUUUAAAAAGGCUUUUGAUUGAAGUGUUUACCGAGUGCUGAAUUUAAUGGACGUAAUUAUGUCUUGAUAUCUAAUUAACUUUGGUGUUACAUUGAGCAAUUUAUUUAUGAUUUAUUUGAUGGCAAAUUAUAUAUCAUGCUGCGUAAUAGCGACAAUAUUUAAUAGUGUGGUUUAAACAGAAGCACUGCUUUCACAACCGUAUAUCUAUCAGUUUCACGUUUUCUCAGUUGGAAGUUGACAAAGUCCAAAGCAGACACUGGAUUUGAAAAAGAAGUAUCUAUAUAACCUCAUGAAAAAUGAAAGUAUUAUGUCAUAAAUUCAUUACAAACGGAACUGAACAAUACAUGUACACUUUAACUCACUAUUUAAACUCAUUAUGGUAACAUUGUGACGUAAUGUAUGAAUUUUCGAUAUGCUAUUUAGACACCGAAACAUGUAGAUUAAAAAAUGUUCUGUAGCAGU